AUGUGUACUUCUUACGCAUCGCGCUGCUUUGCGAUUCCCGAAGUGUCCACUGCACAAGUGAGAGGGAACAAACAAAAGAGAGGCGGAGUGAGAACGUUUGGUCCACCUGCAAAUCCAUCUUAAGCUAUGCCCACUGCCCAUUCCAGCUGCCUGGCUAAGCUGCUCUCCACAGGUGGUGCCCCUGAGCAGAAUACAUUGGUGGGCUUUGAAAGCACUCGUGUGACUGUCCAAGGUCAGAAGUCAACAUCUCCCAGCGCGACAGCGAGCACGCCUUCGGUACUACAGCAGGUUUCAUUGCAAGUACAGCAAGGAAACAGCUGCCAUGGAGCACUACUAGUAUUGCACAACCAUUUCGGCCCAGAAACGCAGUCGAACCUCAAAAAGCUCACCGUUGAUGACACGACAUACACGAGCACAGCACUUCUCACCCUCAAAACUGAAAAACUGUCCCCUGUCCAUUUUUAUGGCACAGACAGAAGCAUUUUAACAGAAAAAAAAUCCUCUAAUCCAGAUUUACCAUAUUCAGACUCUUUUGAAGUUGGAAUGAUAGAAUCAAGCAAACAAACAGAGACCAGAAGGAUAACCCACGUCCCAGCUGAACAGAAGAGGCGUUUCAACAUCAAACUAGGAUUUAACACUUUACAUGACCUCGUGGCAACACUCAGCUAUCAACCAAGCAUCAAGAUCGGCAACGCGACCCCACUGCAGAAGGCCGCAGAUAAAAUACAACAGGAGAGGGCUCUGCAGCAUGGGGAGGCCCAAAGACUCCAACAUGAGAUUCAGCCAUUGAACAAUGCCAUCAAUAGAUGCCAACAACAGCUAACCGAAACAGGCGCGCCCAUCACACGUCAUUGAUUUGACCAGAUAAGGCAAAAGUUCCGUAUGUCCAGGCGCAGACUCUGGGAGUUUGGGAUUUUCAUCCUCCUCAUCAAGCAACUAUUUGAGCUCGAUAAUGGAAUGGUGUCUACUGCAAGUGUGGAACAGCUAUGCCAAUCCACUUUACCCUGGUGACACUGCUCACUGCCUUCUCUAAGACCCAUGGUCCUGAGUUCACUCUGUCUCCUGAGCACCAUAAUUUCCAUUCUAAUUGACCCGAGGCUACUGCCUAAGCAGGUCAAUCUUGCUGUUACCCGGGUUAACCCCUCUACCACCUCAGACCAUGCCAUACUGCACCCCGCUCAAGACAAUUUAUACAAUAUGUGA